GUUUAUCUCCUAGAAACCUCUGAUGGCAAAUACAUUUCACCAUUCCAUGAUAUUCCACUUAUAGCUGAGUCAGAGCAGAAUGAUGAUGUACCAGCAAAAAAACCUAAGAGUGAAAAUAAGGUGCUGUACAACAUGGUGGUUGAGGUCCCUCGGUGGUCAAACGCUAAAAUGGAAAUUGCAACAAAGGAGCCCCUGAAUCCCAUCAAACAAGACGUGAAGAAGGGAAAACUCAGAUACGUGGCCAACAUUUUUCCUCAUAAAGGAUACAUUUGGAACUAUGGGGCACUUCCACAGACCUGGGAGGAUCCCAACCACAAAGACAAAGAAACUGACUGCUGUGGUGACAAUGACCCCAUUGAUGUUUGUGACAUCGGCACCCAGGUUUGCUCCCCGGGUCAGGUGAUCCAAGUCAAGGUUCUGGGCAUCCUGGCAAUGAUUGAUGAGGGAGAGAUGGACUGGAAGGUCAUCGCCAUCAAUGCAAAUGACGAAGACGCAGAAAAGCUCAACUGUAUAGAAGAUGUUCGGAAGAGCCGACCAGGUCAUUUGGAGGCUACUGUCGAGUGGUUCAUGAAAUACAAGGUGCCCGAUGGAAAGCCAGAGAACCAGUUUGGAUUCAACGGGGAAUUCAAAGACAAGGAUUUUGCAGUUGAGAUCAUUAAGUCCACCCAUGAGCACUGGAGGGCACUUGUGCAGAAGCAAACAAAUGCUGGAGGGAUUGAGUGCAAAAACAUGUCCUGCUGUAACAGUCCUUUCCAGUUCAGCGCCGACGAGGCCAGAGCCGUCGUUCAGUCGGCUCCUGCUUUUGGUAGUGCACAUCCUGUGUCUGCAGAAGUGGACAAAUGGCAUUUCGUAUGAAGUUAUAGGGUUCCCUCGGAAACAUCAGAUCGUCUUUAACAUGAAUUGAAGUAUCAUGUAUCCUGCUGCUUUUUCUUGUAUGCAGGCAGAUUUAUUUUUUAUACGCACUUGCAGUGGCAUGUCAUAUAUAAACUGUAUGGGCCAACGAAGACAUGCAACACUUGUGUUUUUGGGUGAUGCUUUCCUUUUAAGCGAUACACUAAGUUGGUUGUGCACUGGGGUAUAUUUGUUGGCAAUACUUGGAGAAAAGUACGUACUCCCCUGAGAGCAGUGACCAGAAAUUGGAUUGAUUUUUCAGCGACAGACAUUUUGUAUACAGCAAGAAUAUGUUUCUAAUAUUGGAUAAAUAAUUAAAAAAAGGUUCUGAACUUGG